GUCAGCGACGAGGAGAUGGCCAUCAUCGAGGCCGCGCUCGCCGCCGCCGCUGCCCGGCCCCUCCUGUCCGCCGCCGCUGUCCGCGGCGCCGCCACUCUCUCCUGCGCGGCCUACUCGACCGCCGGCGACAUCGAGGACUCCGCGCCGCCGCUGCGGAGGUCGCUGCUGUCCCGGUUCCGGGAGCGCCGAGCCCUCGCCGUCACCGACAUCACCGCCACGGAAUGGUGCGAUAAGCAGAUGGAGUUCGUGCUGGAGCACGGCAAGCCGGAGAGGACAGAGGCGAUGAAGGCCGGCUCUGACCGCCACGCCCAGCUCGAGCAGGAGGUUAUUGAGAGGGUUGAUAUUGCCAUUCGAUCCGCAGAAGAAUCGUGGGCGGUCAAAUUCAUGAACUUUAUAGUGGGAACAAACCAAUUAUUGUUCAAUGGCCUGACACGGGAACUUCCAGUGCUUGGGAUUGUUGAAGGUUCAUGGAUGGUAGGAAUUAUUGAUGAACUCCGGAUGCCUGUGGAUGGAAUUUCUUUUCAUCCAAGUUUGGUGGAUACAAAGACACGUUUCAAAGCUACAUUUCCCUCGGAAGCACAGAAAAGAAAUGGAAGGCUUCAGCUGAUGUGUUAUAAGUACCUAUGGGACAGCUUGAUUGCUGAGAAAUUCCCAGCAGAGAAUUUCUUCAGCUAUUUUGACCUGAACCCCGACUUCUUGUUAUCUGACGAUGUCAAGCGGUACAUUAGCUCAUUGGGUUUCAAUGCACAGACUUUUGGGGAUGUGUUGAAAUACUAUAAAAUUACCUGCCAUACGCUAUCAAGAUCUCAAGAAAAGCUGAUCUUGAGAUAUGAACUGCAGGCAGAUCAUUCCCUGCUAGAAGAAUACGAGUUCUCUUAUGACGAUCAAUGGUUCAAGGAUCAAAUCCAGGAAGCCCUCCGCUUCUGGCUGGGGGCACGGGAUCCUAAAUUUGUGACUGAAGAGGAGUUGUGGAAAUGUAAAUUCUGCAAAUUUGCAUCUAGUUGCCCGAAGAUGGUUUCCAACUCGAGAUGCUGACUUACAUUCAAAGGUUGCAGAUGGACAACUCUGUUUCGGGUUAGUGGAGCCUGGGUAAUUUUUUCGGACACUGGGCUGUAGAACUGACCAUUUUGAUGAAUGUUAACCUUGGAUGUGUCUUGAAUUCAUUCAUUCAUCUGUUUUUUUCUUCUUUCCAUGGCUAGAUUGAACUGAAUAUUAUAUUACAUUGUAUGGAGCGUCGUAA